AUGUUGGUCUUGCAGUGCUCCAUGGAUCGGACCUCGGCGAGCAAGUCAACUCAGCACGAGCCCAUGACGACCUCGCGGGCCGAGACCGAGGCCGAAGCCAAUAUCGAUUGCGAUCACAUGUCCGACUCAGACAGCGUCCUAUGCCACGAUCCCGAAGACAACCACGCCGGCUCCGAUGUCGACGAGGCCGACGCCGACAACAUGAGUGAAGACGACGCUCCUGUCAUGGAAGGGAGCGCUGACAUGACCAACAUUCCCCUCGGCGACCCCGUCGAAGACCUCGUCCUCCGUGAAUACGAUACACUGGCCGAGUUCGAUGGAGAGGCCAAUAGCGACGACGGGUUCGAUGUGCCCAGCCCGAGCGAGAUCGAGCCGCAGGCGCCGGAGGAAGCCGAGCGCCGCCUCGUAUUUGGCAACAGGAUCGACAAUAUGUUGGCAGCCGCGGCAAACUUGCCGUGGUCCUAUUUGGAUCCCUCUAGCUUCCGCAGUCGCCGUUGGCUCCUGUGA